AUGGCAUCGUCGGCGGUGAUCAGGCGUUUAGUAACCUUUAUCGUGUUCUUUGCUGUGAUCUCAGUUUGGACGACACUACAGCUGCACCGUGACUUUAUAAUAGGUUCUAACUACGAAGCAAAGCCAGCAUCAAUACAAGCGCGGGUUGAACAUGUCCAGGACCAGCAGCCUCUGACCAUCUGGCCUGGUUCCAACCAUAGCUACUAUAAAGUCUUCUACAAUCGACUCCCAAAGUGUGGAAGCACCAGCGUCAAAAUACUCAUCAGAGAACUGAAAGAGAAGAACGGAUUCAAAUUCUUUGAAGACAAAGAUUACGAAAUCCAGGUUCUUAGUGGCAGAAACUUGAGUAGAUUUGCACAGAUGGUCGACCGACUCCCUACUCCGUCUAUUUAUGACAAGCACAUUUUCUAUGUAGACUUUCAGCAGUUCGGGUUAGACCAGCCGGUGUACAUCAACCUUGUCAGGGACCCGGUAGAGCAGCGGAUCUCCGACUACUAUUACAUGCGGUUUGGACGACACGGAGAGAAUCAAACGGCACAACAACGGCACAGACGGACAGAGAAAGAAAGAUCCCAGACAUUUGAUGAGUGUGUUUUCAACAACUUGUGGGAGUGUAAUGCCUCUGGUGCCAAGAGAUUCCUGAUGACCCAGUUUUUCUGUGGGCAAGAUUCUAUAUGCAUGGAGCCUUCCCAGGCGGCAGUAGAGAAAGCCAAAGAGAACAUCAGGAGGCACUACGCUGUGGUCGGGGUACUGGAGGAGUUCAGCAGCUUCCUGAAGGUCCUGGAGAUGGUCAUGCCGCAGUUCUUCCGCGGUGCUCACGACACAUGGCGGGGAAUUGAGUCGCAGCAAAUGGAAUAUCAGAAAACGGCCAAGAAGAGACCCCCUUCUGUGAAGGCUCGGACUAUCAUGAGACAAAGACUACAGCUGGAUUAUCAAGUGUACGACUUUAUAAAGGAUAGAUUCCACAUGCAGAAAACACAGCUAGGAAUUGUAGACUGAAAUGA